AUGUUCAACCAUCAUCAUGCUCGUUCUCACACUCCUCCCACCACAAGUCAUUUACUUUCCUCAUCUCCACCAUUGCCCUCUUCCUCGUCUUCUUGUUCUCUUCAACCAUUGAUUCAUCACCAUGUCACUCCUUCUUCUACUACUCCUUUGAAUUCAUCCUCUCCACCCAUUCCUUUUCCUUCGUCGUCAUUUUCUCCAUUCGAUCGGAAUUGUGAUUCUGCUUUGAAUCAACAACACUUGAUGCAUCAUCAUCAACAAAUCCUCCUUGUUGAUGUGGGUGGACAAGUCUUUAAAACCACUCGUGAAACCUUGUGUAAAUAUGAAGGUUAUUUCACUGCUUAUUUUCGAUUUUUAGAUCAUCAAAAUGUGGAACAUGGAAUAAUGAAUCACGAAAAGCAAAGCCUCGAAAAUUCAACGAAUCAUGGUAAUCAUGCACAUUCGAAUCAUCAUUAUAUCUUUCUGGAUCGAAAUCCAGAAAUGUUUAAAAUAAUCCUAUCUUGUUUGAGAGUCGAUCGAACUCAAAUCGAAGAUUGUCUUCCGAUGGAUGAAUUUACGCUCAAACAACUCUAUAAUGAAUCUCUGUACUUUUCUAUUAAUGAGCUGUCAGAAAUCAUUGAAAGAAAAUUAUUCAGAAAAAAGAAAUUUGGUUCUGUUGGAGUUGGUUUUGAUAAAUCCAAAUAUAUCAGUUUUGUAAUCUGUGAGGGAUUAAAUUCUAAAACUUCGAAUCAAUUAAGCGCUCCGAAUACCAUCUCGGAAGUGUACAAAGUACUUCAUGAUAAUGGAUGCACGGUGGAACAUACCAUUUAUAGAAAAGCUGUGGAAUCAAAUAUUGAUUCGAGAAUUUUUCCAACAGAUUCAUUUCAUAAGAAGGCACAAAUUGUGACCAUUAUUGUUUCAUAUAUUGAUUGA